GGCUGAUUUUGUGUCUCUGUGGUCGGCUGUGGACGAGCCGGACUCCCGCUGCCGGCAGCCAAUCAUAUUUCUGCUGGGCGUGUUCUUACAGCUACAAAUAGCGUGAGUUGUGAGUCUCUUCAUAGACUGAAAAUAAUAUGUAACCAGAGGUAAUAUUUAUUUAACAAUAUUUAACAAUUGUUCAAAAACUGAAUUGUUCGCAAACCGAGUCCUGCGUAAACCAAGGUUAGAAUAGAAUAGCGCUUUAAUGUCAGUCUCACAGGAACAAUGAAAAUUAGUUAGGCAUAUUUACAUAUUUAAAUCAAAUGAUGCAUAUUUACACCAUGAUUAAUGACGAUAACGCUAUUGUACCAUGUUUACAUUAUAUUUUAUGUACCAUAUUUAAUGUUCUCUACAUCCAAAUCUAAUGUACCAUAUUUGCAUCAUAUUUAAUGACUAGACACCUCAAAUGUACGAUAUUUACAACAUAUUUAAUGACCAUACCUCCAAUGUAGCAUAUAUACAUCAUAUUUUAUGAAUACUAGCCUAGUGUAAUGCACCAUAUUUAUAUCAUGAUCUGUACGCAAUUAAUAUAAGGCUCUAAUGUACCAUAUUCACAGGAUAUUUAUUAUUCAAUGUUCUAUACUCCUAAUACCUGUGUACUUAUACUUUUACACAUCUUUGAAAAAAUGAAUAUAUUUAAUAUUUAGAAAAAUAAUGGAAAUGUAUGAAAAACAUAUUGUAUGGAACUACAGAUGAAAACUAGCCUUCUGGCUAAUUCUGGCUUUUUUAACCAUGUGUAUUUCAUGUGUUUUAUGAAAUUGCAUUGUCCCCUUUCAAAUAAACUGAUUAAUGGAUGGAAGAACUCAAAACCUUUCUUUCCUCAUUUCUGUCAAAUACUUGACGUUCCCCGUCAAGAGUGUCGGCGAUGGACGACGUCCCACUGCCCUACAUGGACGUCCUGCUGCCCUACACGGAUGGCCACGGCCCUCGCCACUCGCACCGCCACGUCCGGGACUGUCAACCCCACGUGCACGGCAAUCACACGCACGAGAGCUUUCCCGCUAGCAAUCAAAGCAGUCUGCCGGUGGCCGAGGUGAGGCUGGCGAUAUACAAGUUGCCCGGACGUGUCGUGACAGGUCACUUCACGGUGGUCCACGACCCGCUGAGGACCCUGUCAGUGCUGGAGCCCAGCCGCCCAGGAGGCUGCAGUAGUUACCGCUUGGCCACAGUGGAGGAGACAUCCCAGGCUGCCGGCUGUCUGUAUGCCCAGAAUGCUGGCUUCUUCAACACCCAUACUGGCCAGUGUCUGGGCAACGUGGUGAGCGACGGCAGAAUGGUGCAGGACAGUGGUGGCAUUCAGAAUGCCCAGUUUGGCAUCAGGAGAGAUGGGACCUUGGUAUUCGGGUAUCUGUCUCAGGAGGAAGUUUUGGACCAGUCCAACCCCUUUGUUCAGUUGGUCAGCGGAGUGGUGUGGCUGCUAAGAAAUGGCGAGGUGUACAUCAAGUCCAGUAUGACAGCGGAGUGCGACAAGAUGCAGGAGACCGGGUCAUUCCACCAUUUUGCUGAGGUCAUGUCGGCCAGGACGGCGUUGGGUCACGAUGCCAACGGGAGGGUGAUCUUGCUCCAGGUGGACGGACAGACGGGAGAAAGGGGAAUGAACCUUUUUGAGAUGGCCAUCUUCCUGAAGAAAAAUGGAGUCAUCAACGCCAUCAAUCUGGACGGUGGUGGGUCUUCCACCUUUGUGUCCAGUGGCUCCUUGGCCAACUACCCUUCUGACGAAUGCAAAGCAGACAAAAGGUGGCACUGCGCUCGGGCAGUCUCCACCAUCCUGUGCGUCCAUCCGCAGCGUUGCCAUCCGUCGGACUGCGGCGCCCACGGAGUCUGUGCCGCCAGUGGUUGUUUCUGUGAUGCCGGAUGGAGAGACAAGAACUGUAGUCAAGAGUGCCUGCCGGGUUUCUAUGGCGAAGGUUGCCAUCAGACGUGCUCCUGCAUGAACAGCGACUCAUGCCAUCACGUCCACGGAGGCUGCAGCUGCAGUCUGGGGUUCACUGGAAAAUCCUGUGAAGAAUGUCUGCCUGGUUACUAUGGCGACGGAUGCAAUCAGACGUGCUCCUGCAUGAACGGUGGCUUGUGCCAUCACAUCCACAAUAACUGUAGCUGCACUCCGGGUUACACUGGAAAAACCUGUGAAGAAGAGUGCCUGCCUGGUUUCUACGGCGACAGCUGCAAUCAAACGUGCUCCUGCAUGAACGGUGGCUCGUGCCAUCACAUCCACGGAGGCUGCAUGUGCUCUCCGGGGUUUAUUGGAAAAACCUGCGAAGAAGAGUGCCUGCCAGGUUUCCAUGGCGAUGGCUGCAAUCAGAAGUGCUCCUGCAAAAACGGCGGCCCGUGCCAUCACGUUUCUGGAAGCUGCAGCUGCUCUCCGGGGUUUACUGGAAAAACUUGUGAAGAAGAAUGUCUGACGGGUUUCUAUGGCGAUGGCUGCAAUCAGACGUGCUCUUGCAUGAACGGCGGCUCAUGCCAUCACAUCCACGGAAGCUGCAGUUGCUCUCCCGGUUUCACUGGGGAAACCUGUGAAGAAGAGUGCCGGCCAGGUUUCUAUGGUGAUGGCUGCAGUCAGAAGUGUCCCUGCAUGAACGGCGCCUCGUGCCAUCACGUCUCAGGAAGCUGCAGCUGCUCUCCGGGGUUCACUGGAAAAACCUGUGAAGAAGUCACAGACGAACGCUCACAGGCCAAAGAGCAGGAGCAGAAAACGUAUCACCUGACAGAAGCAACAUGGCUGACACUCACCAUCAUCCUGAGCAUUCUGCUGCUACUCAGCCUACUGGCUCUGGUUGUGCAGCUGUGCGGAUAUUCGCUGGCGACUCGCAUGCGUGCCAACUUCACCUACCUGCCGCUGACCACCUUCGACGGCGGGGACUCCAACGGCGGGGGGCCUGGGAAAUGGGAUCGGGAUUGCUCCAACUCCAUGGAAUUAAUAUAAUCCACGAAGAAAAGCCACUAAGAUGUUCCAGUGAAUUUCAUCCAUCCAUCCAUUUUCUGAGCCGCUUCUCCUCACUAGGGUCGCGGGCGUGCUGGAGCCUAUCCCAGCUGUCAUCAGGGCAGGAAGCGGGGCACACCCUGAACUGGUUGACAGCCAAUCAGCAGGGCACAUAGAAACAAACAACCAUUCACACUCACAGUCAUGCCUACGGGCAAUUUAGAGUCUCCAAUUAAUGCAUGUUUUUGGGAUGUGGGAGGAAACCGGAGUGCCCGGAGAAAACCCACGCAGGCACGGGGAGAACAUGCAAACUCCACACAGGCGGGGACGGGGAUUGAACCCGGGUCCUCAGAACUGUGAGGGUGACGCUCUAAGCCAGUCCUCCAACGUGCCGCCCAGUGAAUUUCAAACACUGGAAAAGUCAGUGGUGUAAGGUCUGUAGCUUUUUCCUCGAUUACCCAUGAUAAAGUCCAUUGCACAUUUCAUCAACAAAGUCGCAAAAUUCACUUGUCAAUGAAUGUAGCGGUGUGGUGCAUGACAUCACCACCGACUAAUUUAACCAUAUUCCCCUCGACACAGGAUAACUUAAAGUGAGUGCCCAUAGAGAUUCAAUUGCAUUGUCACUGGAAGCAUUGCAUCACCAAGUGCAGAAGCGCUCGCUUCUGCAAUAGUCAGGAGACUAAAGAUUGACUUGGUUGUUUUAAUUUCACAUAGUUUCAUUCCUGGGACGCCAUUAUUUGGAUAACUAUAUAUUUUUUAAAAUGAAAACUCAAUGUGAAUGUAAUAUUUUUUAUUUUUUUUGUAGCUUGAGGUAGUUCUCAGGAAUACUUGCUGCUACCUGCCAGCUGAAAUUACAGUACAAAUGUUGUGCAAACUUAUUUUUGAGAGAAUGUAAAAUUAUUCAUGCAGAAUUUAUGGAAAUAUUGCAAUAUUUAUAGUAGAAUGUUAAACAAAUGAAGAAAU